AUGACCACUCUUUAUAACACUGAUAACAUCCGGGAGAAUGAUCAUCUACUCUCCGCAACCGUCAGCAAACUAUUUGUCGAUUUCAAGGACACAAGCGAGAAACCUCCAAGCGAGACACCUCACGUAGAAGCUGUCGAUUUCAUUAUGAAAAAGAAGAAGCCUCCUCAUGCAGAAUUCCGACUGGUUCUUGCACAAGACAACAUCGAUAGAUGGAACUGCAGCAUGGGCUCGAAUCCUGGUGCAGUUGUGAAUUCGCAAAAUGACAUUACGAUUGGCGUCCGAACUUGUCAGAAUCUUCCAGCGAAUAUAUUGAUCUCGUUUGAGUUUAGAGUACGUGUAUCAGGUCUGACGCUGCGUGGUUUGUUGGAUCUUCUAUGCGCGACAGAUCUUGAGCAUUGGGAAAAUUUAUUCCAGUUCAACCAACUGGGCCUGGACCUUAGAGGAAGUCGCGACCUUGUAUUUCAGUGGUUACUGAGGCUUGAACGAAUGAAUAUCAUCAAUCGUACAGCAGAUGGCGUUGCGGAUACGUCACGCCUAGGCAUACUGGGACAGCCAGAAUUACAGUUUGGGAAGUUUAUAGCCAAGGAUUACUCAAACACGGGUUGGGGUGUCAUCCAGUCUGCUUCUGAAGUUGAAAUUCAUCGAGGAUGGUUCGAGUUCGAGGCUUUGCGGGCAAGAGGGAGCAACGAUACACCGCAUCCUUACGUAUCGCUAGAUGAAGAUGUGGAUCAUAAGGCUAAGUCUGGCGCAUGA